AUCCUCAACUGAGCCGACACUAUCACUCUCCAGCACUGUUCCACUUCACGGUGAUCAUGAUCAUGCUCAAGUUCAGGACUCUUCUUUUAGCCUGCGUUCUGAUCUUUUGCCAGAUAUACAUCUCACAGGCAGCUCCAUCCAGUCGUGAAGAUCUCAAUGGAGAUGGAAUAACUCUAUCCAAUGACGAUAUUCAGAAGUUACUGAGAGCUAUUAAAGAGUUCAUGCAACUGGCUUCAGAUGAACAAGAACGCCAAACAGCUGAUGGAAGCAGCAACACAACAGCACAGAAGAGGGGGUGCAACACUGCCACCUGCGUCACCCAUCGCUUGGCUGACUUCUUGAGUCGAUCCGGGGGGCUAGGCCAUCGUAACUUUGUGCCCACUGGCGUCGGGGCGCAGGCGUUUGGCAAACGGAGGCGACGCAGCCCUGAGUGAGCCCGAAAGCGGGAACAUGAAAUAAAGAGCUGCGUCAUCUUUCCCGUUCAUCACAUGGGCUGAUGUUUUUUGUUCUCGGACCAUUGAUGAUGGUCUUUGUUAGCCUGCAGUUCAACACACACAUUUAAAUCAUACUGGCAAACAUGAUCAAAAUGAGCGUUAAAGAUGUAGAAUGGAUAAUGCGGCCUGUAGCUCAAGUGCCCUGCUGACCCUGUGUGAGCGCUAUCGUGUGUCAUACUUGAAGUUUUUAAGUUUAAGACUAUACUGUGGCUGUCUUGUGCCUUCAAAUAAACCAUGCCAUCAUAUUUAAUGCUAAGGUAAAACGUGUUUAUG